ACUUUAGUAAAACCUAACCUAAAAUCGCAUCGAUCAGGUGCAACAACGCGUUGCGUGAGACAGUUUUACAAUUUUCGUUUCGUUGCCAAUUUGUCAAUUGGCAACCAAUUCCCAUAGUGACGUAUAUUUAUUCCCUUAAAGCGACGUUAAUUGUAAUUAUAGAGCUCAAUAGAAUGGGUAUAGUUUCCAGUACAAAAAGGACCAUCAUGCCGUCGACGCGAGACCUCGUCAAAGAAUUGAUCGCCAAGGACUCGGUCGUCAUAUUCUCCAAGACGUACUGUCCUUAUUGUAAAAUGGCCAAGGAGGUAUUUGACUCGUUGCAGAAGUCGUACACAGCGAUAGAGUUAGAUGAUAGAGAGGAUGCGCAGGAAAUACAAGAUGUGCUGGGUGAAAUAACUGGCGCCAGGUCAGUGCCCAGGGUAUUCCUCAACGGAGAAUGUUUAGGAGGCGGUACCGACGUAAAGAAAUUGUUACAGAGUGGCGAACUUAUAAAAAAAUUUUGAAUUUCCACUGUCGAAGCGUCUUAUGAUAAAUUGUGAAAAUAAUUCGUUCGUAAUAAGGAACAAAUUAUUCUAAUAAUAAAUCAAAUAUAUAUCUAUGCUGAUAUAAGAGAGGAAAAA